GUUUAGACUUCUACUCUUUCAAGAGAUCAAACAUCUCCUUCAAUGUUGUUGGCUUGUCAUUGCAUUAUUGAGCAAUUCUAUCUAUCUCUCUUUUGCUCUCAAUUUAUGUGUACUCUUGCAAUGUAUCACUUCUUACUACCCACCAUUCAUCAUCCUCUUCAAGAAAACUCCUGUUUGCUUUUUUUUUUCCCCUUCUCUCUGCUUGGUUACUUGUUAAGAAACAGGAAUGGGUGCAACGAAAGGCUGUUGGAUACUAUUCAAACAGAAAAAGAAACCCAAAGAAGAUAAAUCCCAAGAAGAAAAGGUAAAUCCUACCGAAGAAAAGAUAAACGAAGAAUCCUUGAAUGGAAAGCAAAGCAGUAAUGAAGAGUCAAGUAGCAUCAUCCCUAAUGAAGGUGGUUUGAUAAUGGACAGAACAGUUCCUUCAAGGUUGAUUGAUAAUAUUGCUGCUACAAGGAUCCAAAAUGCAUUUCGCUCUUUUAUGGCAAGAAGAACAUUAAACCAUCUAAAGGGAGCAGAGAAAUUUGAAGCUUUGAUUCAAGAUCACCUGGCCAGAGAGCAAACAGCAACUGCAUUAAGCUAUAUACAUUCAUGGAGCAGAAUACAAGACGAGAUUAAAGCUCGCAGAAUCUGUAUGAUAACAGAAGCUCGUGUUAAGCAACGGAGAUUGGAAAGCCAGCUAAAACUCGAAGCUAAGAUUCAUCAGCUAGAGGUGGAAUGGUGCGGCGGUUCAGAAACAAUGGAAGAGAUAAUUUCAAGGUUAUAUCAGAGAGAAGAAGCCGCAAUUAAACGCGAGCGAGCCAUGGCAUAUGCCUUCUCUCAUCAGUGGAGGCCAAACUGUAGCCAAUAUUUCGGUCAGGCUUCCUAUAGUCUCGGUAAGGAAAGCUGGGGUUGGAGCUGGACGGAGCGUUGGGUUGCAGCGCGUCCUUGGGAAAUCCGGGUACGAGUUCAUACCUCCAAGGUAAAGAAACUCAAUAGCCUGCAGCAAAAGUCCAAGUUAGAUAAGAUGGACGAUAACAAGAGCAAAGUUCCCUCAGCUACUCCUGCCCUGUCGAAUGGGAAAGGAAAAGAAAACGACACUUGGGAGUUGUCAAAGAACUGUAUACCUGAAUAGGGUCAUUUCUUUGAAGGCCUAUACUAUUUUUUCGGUUUGUUGUGUUUGUUUAACUAUUUGGCUUGGUGAGAAUCUACCAUUUGGUGUGUACAUUGCAUUAGUAGAGAUGCUAUGGUUUUUGCUUCAUAAUGUAUUGCCUAGUAUUUCAAGGUUGCACUAAAAGAAGUAGAGAGUUAAAUAUCAAUCAUUUCUAUUUGAAACCAUAAGCACGCAACCAAUUUGAACGCACAUACUGAUUCAUAAGUUCUUUAAAUGGAUUGAGAAAUCCUCACUCAAGGAAUCAACAAGUUAUAACUGAAAAAUAAUGUAUGAAUUAUAGUCCAAAGAAAAUUUCUGAAGCACUAAAUGACUUGAGUAUAAAGCAAAAAACCAUACUAAAUUCCCAUAAUAGUCCUUAGAUUCUCUGCUUUCACCAAUUUGGUAUUGUGGUCCUUGAGAUUGACCUACGGACAUCAUAGUGGUCCGUCGACCUCUUUUUGGCGCUCACUCACCAAAAGCAGUGAUGAGUUGACACUCUUUGCCGUGCCAGACUAGUGUAAAACAAUUUGACGCCUAAUCAUGGCCAACAUGAUAGUAUUUUGAUUCUUGUGAGCAUGUAAACAAAGUCAUUUGGGCCAUCAUUAGGCGCCAAACGAAAAUGUCGUCGUUCCGCACUAGUCUAGCAAGGGAGUGCCAGCUCAUUGCUGAGUUUGCUAAGUCAGCGACGGAGAGGAGUCGAAGGACCCCUAUGGUGCCUGAAGUUCAAUAUCCGGGACUACAAUAUUACAAGUAGGAUCUCAGGACCAAAACGGUGGAAGUCAUGGAUCUGAGAACCAUUAUGGAAAUUUAGUCGUAAAAACCAUAUCAAUAUGAGCAUAGCCACACAAUUGCGUCAAAGGGAAAACCACAAAACAUUUGAUAUAUGCAACUAUGCAAGAUCCGCAAAACUGUUAGAGACACAUAUUCUAGUUUUACUCGAAACACACUAAAAAAUGCAAAAACCGAAAUUUCCAAGAUAAAGUUGUUUGAUACAGGUCCAAUUAAAGUAAACAAGCAAAACUUUUGGAAAACAUUAUAAAUUUUAAGA